CACACACACCACUACACGAGCAGUGUGACACACAAUCACCAGCUGAGCGGACUCUGCUUCAUUGCCCAAGAUGAGAGGAGUUGUGGUGGUGGCCAUGCUGGCCGCGGCCUUCGCCGUGUCUGCGCACGCCGAGCAGUGCGGUUCGCAGGCCGGCGGGGCGACGUGCCCCAACUGCCUCUGCUGCAGCAAGUUCGGCUUCUGCGGCUCCACCUCCGACUACUGCGGCAACGGCUGCCAGAGCCAGUGCAACGGCUGCGGCACCCCGGUACCGGUACCGACCCCCUCCGGCGGCGGUGGCGUGUCCUCCAUUAUCUCGCAGUCGCUCUUCGACCAGAUGCUGCUGCACCGCAACGAUGCCGCGUGCCAGGCCAAGGGGUUCUACAACUACGGCGCCUUCGUCGCCGCCGCCAACUCGUUCUCGGGCUUCGCGACCACGGGUGGCACCGACGUCAGGAAGCGCGAGGUGGCAGCGUUCCUCGCUCAGACCUCACACGAGACCACCGGCGGGUGGCCGACGGCGCCCGACGGCCCCUACUCCUGGGGCUACUGCUUCAACCAGGAGCGCGGCGCCACCUCCGACUACUGCACGCCGAGCUCGCAGUGGCCAUGCGCGCCGGGCAAGAAGUACUUCGGGCGCGGGCCCAUCCAGAUCUCGCACAACUACAACUACGGGCCGGCGGGGCAGGCCAUCGGCACCGACCUACUUAACAACCCGGACCUCGUGGCCACGGACGCGACCGUGUCGUUUAAGACGGCGUUGUGGUUCUGGAUGACGCCGCAGUCACCCAAACCCUCAAGCCAUGACGUGAUCACGGGCCGGUGGAGCCCCUCGGGCACCGACCAGGCGGCGGGGAGGGUGCCUGGGUACGGCGUGAUCACCAACAUCAUCAACGGUGGGCUCGAGUGCGGGCGCGGGCAGGACGCCCGUGUCGCCGACCGGAUCGGGUUCUACAAGCGCUACUGUGACCUCCUCGGUGUCAGCUACGGCGACAACCUGGACUGCUAUAACCAGAGGCCGUUCGCAUAGUCAAUCGGCUAUAGGAUACGAGAAGACAUGCAAUAAUAAAGACUCUAAAUACUGUAACAAUGGCGUGGCGAUAGACCUCGCCUAGUACAAACAAAUAAUGGUGCGAUCCACGCAAGAUGCGUGUCUAGUCGAUUAUAAUGUAAUAAGUGGUGUGUUCCUAUCCAAGUUUUUUUUAAUGAAAUGCAAUUAGCCCAA